UCAGAUGAGCUUAGUUUUGAAGAAGGGGAAACUUUAUAUAUUCUAGAUAUGAGCAACUCUGAUUGGUAUAAAGCACGAUGUAGUGGAAAAUCUGGUCUUAUCCCAAGCAACUAUGUUGAAGAGAGUGCGGAAGCCAUUGAUACUCCAUUGCAUGAAGCAGCAAAGCGAGGCAAUCUGGAUUUUAUGAAUGAAUGUCUGGCCAAUGGAGUUUCAGUGAAUGGUCUUGAUAAAGCAGGUUGCACAGCUCUGCAUUGGGCAGCUCAUGGUGGACAUAUUGAAUGUUUAACAUGUUUACUUUCCAAACCCAAUAUACAAGUGAAUGUACAGAACAAAAUGGGUGACACACCACUUCAUUCAGCAGCUUGGAAAAACCAUACAAAUGUAGUACAAGCUCUUCUCAAUAAAGGUGUAAAAACAGACAUCAGAAACAAUGACAAGAAAUUAGCUUACGAUCUUGCAAAAGAUGCUUCAACUGCUGCUCUGCUUCAACCCACGAGAGGGCUUCAGCGGACUUUGUCACAUGACUACGGUGAUGAUGAAGAUUCAGACUAGAUGAUUUUGAACAACCUUAUAAAGACCACCUGCCUAUAGUGACCACCUUUGUGUAGUCCCAUUGCAGUUUACAAUGUAAAGUGAUCUGUAUAUAAAGACCACCUGUCUAUGGUGACCACCUUUGUGCAGUCCCAAUGCAGUUUACAAUGUAAAAUGAUCUGUAUAUAAAGACCACCUGCCCAUAGUGACCACCUUUGUGCAGUCCCAUUGCAGUUUAACAAUGUAAAGUGAUCUGUAUAUAAAGACCACCUGCCUAUAGUGACCACCUUUGUGCAGUCCCAAUGCAGUUUACAAUGAAAAGUGAUCUGUAUAUAAAGACCACCUGUCCAUAGUGACCACCUUUGUGCAGUCCCAAUGCAGUUUACAAUGUAAAGUGAUCUGUUUAUAAAGACCACCUGUCCAUAGUGACCACCUUUGUGCAGUCCCAAUGCAGUUUACAAUGUAAAGUGAUCUGUUUAUAAAGACCACCUGCCCAU